UGUUGAGGAGCACGAGAAGCGCGGCGUCUGCAGCAUAAUUAAAACAUGGCGGACUCUGAGGACUUUAGAAUUAAACGGUUAAAGCAUGACGAGCGCUUGUCCAGAGUCUUUGACGAAGUGAUGGGGCUGGGAGACUUCGCUGACUCCUCCAGGGGCUCUGCCACCUCCUCCAGGAGUGGAGGUCAGGAUGAGACAAAAGGAGUAGAUGAAACUUCAGGACAAGAGGAACACCAACAGGUAGAAGAAGAAGAUAGCAAUGGCAGCAGACAGGAAGAAAAGAUGGAUGAGGGGAUAGGAGAGUCAUCCUUUCCUCGCAUUUCCUCCCCUUCCUCUGGUCACCACUCUUCAUUUACCAUGAGAACCAAUGAAGGAGGAGGAGGAAGUGGAGGGGCAGCCUUUGAUGACGCACUGGAUGGGCUUCCUUCGUACGGGCCAGAAGAAGAUGAUGAAGACUGGCACUUUGCCCUGCCAGUGGGAUCCCUGGAGGAUGUCAAUGUGGGCAAGGGAAACAGAAAAAGAAAACAAGCAGGAGAGGAGAACAACAUAAGUCGAGACGACCCCUUUGCCGGUGAGCCCAGAGGGGAGGAGGAGGAGCGAGAGAGGGAAGGAAGCAUUGCGUCUGCUAACACCUCCCACUCCUCCCAGGACCACACACCAGACAACAGCCGAGAUGGAGGCGUGAACCAGGCAGAGGAGACAGAAGACAGCCAGCAGGGAGAGAGGUCAGAAGCAGCUCCUGUGGAGGACAGUAAUCCUCCAGUGUCUCCCAGUAAUCCUCCAGUGUCUCCCAGUAUCAAUAUUAAAGAGGAGCCCAUUGAUGAGGGCUACGACGCUGCGUUACUGCCUCAGAGCUCCAUCAGACAGAUCAAAGAGGAACUGGAGCAUCAGGAGGAGGAGCUGAGAAUCAGCUCUGUCUACUCUGUAGGAGGAACAAACACCUUUGUCCCCCCUACUGUGCCUGCGGCAGUCCCAGCCCCCCCUCCAGCAGCCAUUUUUAUCCCAGGUAGAGGUGCUGUCCUACAAGCUAUGGCUCCCCUUCCCGUCAGACCACCAGCUCCAAUCCCGAGUGCACUGCAAGCUCUGGCACUAGUGCCCCCACGUCCACCUCAGCCUCCUGGUCCUGGCAGUGUUCGCUGCAGUGGAUGCUCUAAGGUUCUGCUGAAAGGCCAAACAGCGUUCCAAAGAAAAGGUUCGACGCAGCUCUUCUGCUCCACGGUCUGCCUGACCGGGCAUCUGCCUCCAGCCAAGAACAAAUCCUGUUUUCAGUGCAACAGGGAGAUCCUUCAGCCCAGAGACAUGAUCACGAUUCCAGCAGACGACAGCACCUACAUGCACUUUUGUGGCCAGUUCUGUCUUUCUGUCUUUAGACACAAGAAGAAACUUACUGACAAGGUUCCUGACAAAUGGACCGACAAACGACAGGAGAGGAAGCCUGAGAAGCCACCUGAGAAACCAGUGGAGCGACAGGCUGAAAAACCCAUUUGCAGUGUCUGCAGAGUCACCAAUAGGCAGAUUGAACAUGAGGUCACCCAUCAAGGCCGCCUGCACAGACUCUGCAGUGAUGCCUGUUUUGUAACAUGGCGCAAGAUGCGUCAGUUAGCCAUGAACUGCUGCGAGGGCUGUGGACUUUACUGUAACAGCAACUCAGGCUCCUGUCAGACGCUCACGAUCGAAAGAUCUCAGCUCAACUUUUGUGGUCCUACCUGCAUAGGCACCUACAAACAGACCUGCAGGAAGAUGGUCGAGUGUGCCUACUGUCACAAAAUCGCGGUAGUGUCCUCCACCAUCAUGGAACGAGACCAAAGGGGCAAAGUUCAACUUUAUUGUUCACCUGCUUGUGUGGAGCAGAGCCGACCCCCCCGACAUACUCUCACUGGUACUCCAUUUCCAUGCUGCCUGUGCAAGGUGUCAGCUGUUCCUCAGUACCAUCUGGCCAUGGUGGACGGGACUAUUCGUAACUUCUGCUCCUAUGACUGUGUCUCUAUAUACAGGAAGUCCGGUCACCCCUCUCAGCCAGACCUGACCAAUGGAACCUCCUCUCUCAGGGACCCCUCCAUCAGAGAUGCACCCAAACCAGGGCCCUCUGCCGGAGCCAGCUCAGUCCCUCCCAUCCCUCAGGAGAACUCGUCUUCAGUCCCCUACCCGGGCCAUCAUCCCAGUCAUACCUCAGUGCCCCCACUGGUGCCUCCCUACCCAGCCAUGUCCUCUCCCUCUGUCCCAGGGCAAGUCCAGGCCAGAGCUCCCACUGGUCAACCCCUGAAACCAACAGAGGGUGGGCUCAGUGACGCCUCCAAACUGACCUGUCACCAGUGCAGCAAACAGUUCAGCACCAAGCCGCUGCUAUUCAGUCAGCAAGGCCGUAUUUCUAUGUUCUGCAGUAAGAUCUGCUGUGAACUGUAUAAAACCCAGAAAAAUAUCCUGGCGCUGUGUGAGUCCUGUAAACAGGAGAAGGUCGCAUUUGACAUCAUCAGCUACAACCAACAGGACCUGGUCUUCUGCAGUGAAAGCUGUAAGCUGCUCUUCAAACAUGACUUGACCUCUCGUAACAAGGAUCAUCCCUGGCGUCCCUGCACAUACUGCUCUGGCAUCGGCCAAAAGAUGCUGCACAGCCACUAUGGAGGCAGGAUUGAGGAGUUCUGUAGACCCCACUGCAUGUCCCAGUACACUGUACUCUACUAUGGAAUGGGGAGAUGUGACAGUUGUAGGAAACAGGGCUACAUGACGGAGAAGCUGCAGUGUUUGGGCUCAGUCCGUAACUUCUGCAACCUGCCCUGCCUUCUACAGUACUGCUACCAGCAUUUUGAAACAAGCCCACACACCAGCAGUAACGGUACUGGAACAGCGCCACAGACACCAUAUGCUCCAGCCCAGCCCCACCACUCCUCAAAGAUGAAUCCUGUCAUAGCUGAUGUCGUCUCACUGGCCAGUGGCUCUGCCACUCAGCCCAGUGUGUCAGCAGAUACUGCUCUGACUGGAGCACUUCCAACCUCCAACGUUGAUGGCAAGAACCUUGACCAUGCCAGUACUCAGACUGAUGCCAUGCGUGUGCCUGUGUCCCGUCGACGGCAAAUGAAGAACAAGUCGGUUCUGUGUCGACCCUUCACUAUGGACCAAGAAAGCAUGUGCCAGCUGCCCACACCUUCCACUGAAUCAGCAGCUCUGUCUCUGUCCGUCUCUACGUCCUCAGCAGGAGAGGAGAAUGUGAAGGUGGUGAUGGUACCAGUCCCAAUACCGGUCUUCAUUCCAGUGCCUAUGAACAUGUACUCCCAGCACACUCCUGUUCCAUUGGCUAUGCCCAUGCCUGUUCCUGUACCCAUGGUAGUACCACCACAGAAGAAGGACACGAGAGAUGCAGCUGUCCAAUCAGAGCCUUCGGCUGUGAAGGAAGAAAAACAGAAUGAUGGGCCUGUUUCCAGUGCAGACCAGAGUACUUCUGAUAGUGGAGACAUUAAGCCACAAGUGGUCGCUCCCAUAAUCCGUGAAGAUGAGGAUACUCAAAAACAAGCCAACCUGCCUUUUACUACAAGUUUAGAGGGGAGCACAGAGUCUGCUGAUCCCCAACUUGAUGCUCAGCCAGGGAGCACGACGACAAACGACCCACCUACCACCAGUGCCGAGGAUCAGCCUCCCUCCUCUCCAUUGAUGGACUUGGAGACUGACUUCCCAUGUGAAUCAUUGGGUCAGAAGUCAUCUGCUCCACAGCGAGGGGUAAAGAGACCCAGAGAAAGUUUCUCCGGCCGGAAACGGGGUCGAAGGCGGACUGCUUCACUGGACCGCAGUGCAGUGGUGACUCCGCCCCCCUCCAAACUGAACCACCUGUAUGGGGUUAAAGCCUGGAAGAGCUGGGUCCAACAACGCAACAAACAGCCACGAGAAUCUGUAGCUAAUCUCGUGGAUAUUAAAGAAGACAUCCUUCAAUGUGACUCUGCUGAGCUGAGCUUUGCUCUGUCUCGCUUCAUCAGAGAAGUGAGACGGCCCAAUGGAGAAACCUACAGCCCGGACAGCAUCUUCUACCUCUGUCUGGGGAUACAACAGGUCCACACAAACGUGUCACUGGUUUCCAUCUUGAUUUUUUGUGACUGUGUUUCUCUUUGUGACCCACUCAUCCUCUUCUGUGUCCCUCUCUUUGGACAGUAUCUCUUCAUGAAGGGCCGCAUAGAGAACAUCUUUACUGACGAGCUCUACAGUCAGUUUGCAAGUGAGAUCACAGGGAUGCUGCGACUCUGGAAGCCUAAAUUACUACCUAAUGGCAGCGUUGUUUCCUCUCGUGUUGAAGAGUCCUACCUGUGGGAGUGUAAGCAGCUGGGCGCCUACUCACCCAUAGUGUUGCUCAACACGCUGCUCUUCUUCUGCACCAAAAAAUUCCGCUUCACGACCCUGGCGCAACACCAAAGUCUCUCCUUUGUCAACUUCACUCGACGCUCCAAAGCCUGCAGCCGAGCCGGCAAAGUCCACUACCUCCAGUACCAGAGAAGCAGCUCUGCCACGACCGGCCGGGAAGACACAGAGCGACCCAGAAAAAGGCAGGCGGAGAAAGACGGAGACAUGGAGAUGCAAGCAAAUGUCACCAACCCUCUUCACUGUCCUGUCAGACUCUAUGAGUUCUACCUCUCUAGAUGCCCAGAGUCAGUGAAGAAGAGAACGGAUGUGUUUUACCUCCAGCCUGAACAGAAUGUGCACACACACAGUUCACACUGGUACACCUCUCAGCCGUUAGAGGGAACCACUCUUCAGAGCAUGCUCACACGCAUCCUGGCUGUCAGAGAGGUUCAGCAGGAACAGGAAGCAGCCCAGCACCAGUCCUCGGCCACCACUGAUGAUAACAGCUUGCAGUGAUACAAAGCCUGUCUGCCUACCCACGAUCCUCUCUUCAUCAGAAUCGCUCUCUUCACUUCACCGUGAAUUCAGAUUGCACAUGCACCCAUCAGUCAUUCCAGACUGAGGCGGACAGGUCUGUGAAAACGGGGAGUCGGUGUAUGGAUCCUGACAGAGCAAACAGAGGUAUGAUGAGAUGAUACUCUGUCACAAAGACAGACAGUUUUAAAGAACUGGGGCUGUGGGAUGAUUGUAUUUAGUUACCUCAGUGGCCAUCUCCUCCUCACAUACAUGCACAAUGAGUUUACAAACAUCUGAUACUGUCGAACAUGGAAAAGGGAGUGUUAAUGAGUACCCUAUUAACGCAUGUUGUUAUCACAUGUUGUGGGCUGAUCUACUAUCAGUAACCAGGGCUGUUGUUACCCCUUUCUGCAUCAACACUCACUUACAUGGAGAGUUUUUACUAGUAUCAAGUUUAUAAGGAUGAAAAAAACACAGAAUCCUAAAAGAGUGACACUUUGAGCAGGUUUUGUUUUUCAGUCCUGUGACAUAUUCAUGCGUUGCUGCAUAAAACCUAGUAAAAAUGUCUCUAUUAUAGCUGAAGCACUUCUCACAGACAUCCAUGGUAGUAUUAAUAAAUGAAAGAUUAAAUAGGUAAUGUGAAAAAUCAGCAUCAGAUGAAUCACAUUAGAGGUGGAUGGCAUUGACUGGCUGACAUCUGACAUUUGAUUAAAAGCCGAUAUGUAAUCUAAUCUAUCGUCAACUCGAUAUCUUAUCAGUGUAACCCUUUUUGAAAUGAGACUCUCAGUGCCUCUCAUCUUUUGUUUCAUUUUCAAUUAGUUAUCUGUUAUUAUGUCGCCCCCCUUUUAUAUUUUUCAUCCUAUGUGGCCUUAUUUCCUUCCUCCAGCCGUCUUUCACUCUGUAGGUUCUUUUUUUCUCUGCAGCGUUUCCUCCAAUCCACUCAUUCCCUCUGGCAGUAAUGUACAUAUACACCUGUAUGUAUGUCCUCCUUCAUUCCCUUUUAUGUCUCUGUCUUCAUAACAGUGCCAUUGUUUUCUCCUGUGGGACAUUAUUCCCUCUUUUUGUUUUGCUUUUAGUUUUCCAUUUGCAUUUGUUCCCUAAUUCAAGGAAACUGAGUCUGGAGAUUUGAAAAAGCAGCAGACAACUCAAAGUACUGGCAAAGUACUUUUCCUAACCCAAACCCAUGAGGUUUCCUAACUAAUGAUCUGUAUUAAAACGUAUUAUGACGAUGUGCCUAACAUGUUUACCACUGUGUGAGCAGUGGCUAUCGGUUUUGUUUUUCUGUAGACCUUAAAGAAAGCAACUUCUUAAAGAAAGCUUGUGUACCAGGCCUGCUUUGGUACACAAGCAGGCCUGGUGACUCACUACAUAGACAAAACAUUGUGAGAUAAACCCAAAAACAUUGUGAGACACUUUGCUAACACAAACAUGUCUAUACUGCGUUCCAAAUUAUUAUGCAAAUUGUAUUUAAGUGUCAUAAAGAUUAUUUUUUUUUGUUUUUCAAUUAAACUCUUGGAUGGUAUUAUGUCUCAGGGCUCUUUGGAUCACAGAGCUCAAUCUCAGACACCUGUGAUAAUUAGUUUGCCAGGUGAGCCCAAUUAAAGGAAAAACUACUGAAGAAGGAUGUUCCACAUUAUUAAGCAGACCAACGUUUUCAAGCAAUAUGGGAAAGAAAAAGGAUCUCUCUGCUGCUGAAAAGCGUGAAGUAGUUGAAUGUCUUGGACAAGGUAUGAAAACCUUGGAUAUUUCAUGAAAACUUAAGCGUGAUCAUGGUAAUGUUAAGAGAUUUGUGGCUGAUUCAGAGCACACACGGGUUCGUGCAGUGCAGGACAAGAAGACUAAUUUUCAAACAGUCUUGUUCACUGAUGAGUGCCGUGCAACCCUGGAUGGUCCAGAUGGAUGGAGUAGUGGAUGGUUGGUGGAUGGCCAGCAUGUCCCAACAAGGCUGCCACAUCAGCAAAGAGGUGGCGGAGUCAUGUUUUGGGCCGGAAUCAUGGGGAGAGAGCUGGU